UUCAAAAGUUGGGAGUUUAAACCUGAGGAGAAAAGAUUCUCAACCUUAAAAAAUAUACCAAGCUGUCGGUCUGAAAACAGGUUGAGCAGACUGUAUAGCUGAUGUGCAUGUCUUGGGAAAAAUCAGACCUGUGCAGACACUAAGGCUUUGUCUUCACUGACGUAGAGGAGCUUCUGCAGCAGGUUUGGGGGAAGGGCAGAGCACUGCCACAGAAGCAGCAAUACCCCCUAAGGCAGCUAUCGACUGGGAUUUUGUGCCCUCCACAGACAGAAGGGGCAACAGAGCCUUCAAAAAAUAAGGCCCACACAAUGGCAUAUGACCAUGAUGGAGAAGACAUCCUGAAGCCUCUGGUCUUCCGUCUCCACGAGAGCGUUCCUGAAGCAGUCCGUGAGGUCUUACUGGAACGUGGUUGGAGUGAAUUUGAUGAACAAGAGCAAGAUGAAGCAGACUGGAAUCUGUACUGGCAGAACUCCCCUUUCCGUAUGACUGACCACCGAAGCAUUAAACCAUGGCAGAGGCUCAAUCACUAUCCAGAAACAGUGAGGAUCACAAGGAAAGACUAUCUGGCAAGGCAUCUGAAACGCAUGAAGGGAAUUUAUGGACCAUCUCUUUAUGAGUUUAGUCCAGUGGCAUUCAUCAUGCCUAAUGACUAUGUCAAGUUUAUAGCAGAGUACACCAAAGAGAGACAGUCACAGGGCAAAAAGCCAUGCUAUUGGAUUUGCAAGCCUGUGGAUUUGUCUCGUGGAAGGGGCAUACUCAUUUUCCAGGACAUUAAAGACUUUGUAUAUGAUUGCAUGGUCAUUGUGCAGAAGUACAUUAGUAACCCUUUGCUUAUUUCUGGGUACAAAUCGGAUCUCCGCCUCUAUGUCUGUGUCACCAGUUUUUGCCCCCUUACCAUUUACACUUAUGAUGAAGGGCUGGUGAGGUUUGCCACUGAAAAGUUUGACCUCGGUUGUCUGGACAACGUCUAUGCCCAUCUGACAAACACCAGCAUCAAUAAAUUUGGCGCCUCGUACAAAAAAAAUAAAGAAGGGAUCGGCCGUGGCUGCAAAUGGACGUUCAGCAAAUUCCGAUCUUACCUACGCAGCCAUGAGGUGGACGACCUGCUUCUGUGGCAGAGAAUAAACAACAUCAUAAUGCUGACCCUGCUUGCUAUAACCCCUUCUGUUCCAUUGACAUCCAAUUGCUUUGAGCUCUUUGGGUUCGACAUUCUGAUAGAUGACACAUUCAAACCAUGGCUUUUAGAAGUAAACUACAGCCCAGCCUUGCGCCUAGACUGUUCCAUCGACACAACAGUGAAAAAAAGACUUCUCCAUGAUAUCAUUGAAUUGCUAAAUUAUAAGCAAACUGACACCUUGAGAGAAAACAAAGGGCCUGGCACUAAAGCUUCAUAUGCUGGUAGAACACAUAUCCCCUUGAGGACACAGGGUGAAAAUGCAACAGAUGAUGCUCCCAAUUUCCUUGCUUCUAGGCAGGAGAGUGAAUGGACUGCCACUUCUGCAGUGCAGUCUCUCUUGGAGGUUGCAGGAGGUUCAUUUAAGAAGGAGGCCAUAGUGAUGGGGAAAAUGGCCAGAACACAUCCAAGGAAAACACUAACCUCACAGCUCCGGGAAAGGAUGAACAGGCCGAAAACAUCUUCACAAUCAAAGGCGGCGUCUAAAAGCAAACAGCUGCCAGGCGCUAGACACCCUGCACAUGCAUCUGUCCAAGUCACCCACUGGUUGCCUACCACUGAGUUAUAUAACUACAAAUUAACUAUUCCUCCAUAUUUUCUCUUCACUAAAGACAAAAGGCCCUUCCCUCGAGUAGGUGAUUUUGUCCUUAUAUUUCCUUUCAACGAUGCUGCACUUGAAGCCUCCAGAAAUGGAAUAGAUGUAAAAAGCAUCGUACAAGAAAUACACAAGUUAAUGAACAAACAGUUGCCCCCAGGACAGCAGAAGGUAAAGAAGAGAAAAGAUUAUUUAACUUUUAGAUAACUCAGUGGAUGUUAGGCUAUAAGCUGCCACACAAUGAAAGAGGAAGACAAUAACCAGAUAUGAAUGGUGCUAUUGACACAUCUUAGCUGGUGGCUUAGUUUGAAGAUGGUGGGUAUGUGCGGAAGUCAUCUCAGAAAUAGGGAUCUUGCAAAACCACACACAAUUUGAAAAUGUCUCUUGUGAUUUAACAAUGAUGCUAGGCAAUUAUUUUGUUAAAUAAAAGGAUGAAUUGCAUAAUUAAUUCAUACAGUUUUCUUCUGCCUCUGGAAAA